GUGGAAAGGUUGGCAAGAUGAAGAAAUGGCAGCCGACGCGCUGCGGUGUUGGCAGUGACCAAAAUGGCUCAUUUCUCGAUAGACCAUUGCUCACACCGACACGGAUUACUUUAAUAUGAGGAAUUUACUUCAAAAUCCCAUAGAUACAUUCAACUAGGAACGCGGUUCUAAGACUUUGAAGCAUGGCUUUACUGUAUGAGAUGGCGUGGCGCUUUUUGCACGCGCUGCUCUAUGUGCAGCGCGCGCUGGUCGCCUGGUUCCGAGUCCACAUCUGGAGGUGGAAACGGGCCGUGGUGGGCUUAUUGCUGCCCCUUGCCCUCGGCUUUCAUAAUCCGAAAAAGACUGGAGCCAUAGGCAAACGGACCAGCCGUCGGGUUCGCUGGGGAGCCGAUGGCAGGACGUUAGAGAAGCUGCCUCUUCAUGUGGGGUUAUUGAUCACUGAGGAGGAGAUCCACUUCACUGACGUCGCCAAUCUAGUGGUCUGGUGCAUGGCAGUGGGCAUCUCAUAUGUCAGUGUGUAUGAUAACCAAGGUGUCUUCAGGAGGAAUAACUCCAGACUCAUGGAGGAGAUCCUGAAACAGCAGCAGGAGCUUUUGGGAAUGGACAGCUCCAAAUACUCGGUGGAGUUUAUGAAGAACGGUACAGAUAAACAAGAGCAUCAAGUGUUACCUUGUCAGUCAGUGGUGAAAGUCUUAUCUCCAGACGAUGGGCGGCUCAGUAUCGUCCAGGCAGCCCAGCAGCUCUGCAGGGCCGUUGAGCAGAAGGAAAAGACAAUCAAAGACAUUAACGUCACUGUGCUGGACUCAUUACUCAGAGAGUCAAAGAACAUACCAGACCCAGACCUGGUGCUGAAGUUCGGCCCUGUGGAAAGCACACUUGGAUUUCUUCCCUGGCACAUCAGACUAACAGAGAUUAUCUCCAUGCCGUCCCACGUAGAUGUCUCUUACGAUGACCUGUUCGGUGCUCUGCAGCGCUAUGCAACGUGCGAGCAGCGGUUGGGCAAGUGAGGAUCAGUCUGCAGAACAGAACAGAAGGAACUGAACGAGCGAGAGGGGAUGGAGGUGGUCCGUCCCUCUCUUCAUGUUUACAGUACAAGCACUGGAGCCUCAGCGCCAGCAACCCGCUGCUGCUGCUCUUCUCUGCCAAGGCCUGCCGAGCGUCUCUCUCUCUGUGUGUGUGUGUGUGUGUGUGUGUGUGUGUGUGUGUGAUUAUACUCGUGCGUUUGUGUAUGUGUGAGUCUCCCGUGAGUAACUACACGCAGAAAAGGGCACAAGCGCUGCCCUGCAAACAAGCCGGUCGCUCGAGGAGCUUGGUUAGCCAUGUGGUGUAAAUUUACCAUCAUUUUUUUUACUUUCCCGUAUCUUUGGACACUUUGGAAUGGUGGCAGUUCAUAAAGGUGCACUGAACUCUUCCGAAGCUGCGUACAGUCAUCCGUCUUGCACAGCGAACGAGAGCCCCUGGAGAGGGAAUGCGCUUCUAGUUGCACAGCUGUCUUCAGACGGCGAGAUUUUUCUACUUCGACGAAUCUUCUGCAUGCCGAAUCUGUCUUAUUGCAACGUCACGUUCCCAUUAAGGCUAUACAAGCGUGCUGUAAAUGGUUAUGUGUGUGUUUAUUCGUAAUUGUGUCGUUUGAAUGUGCGCGUGUGUGCCACAAAUUACACAAAUUAGCAUUAAAAACCCUGAAGUUUGUAAUUCUAAGUGUGUAAAUUGAUUGCUCUACAUCGUUCCCCUCCGAAAGCUCUCGCAGUUUGUUAUGGCUCGUGGCGCUAAUUAUGUUUUUAUUUGAUUUUUAGUUAAUAUUGUUUCAUUCAGAAGUCUGUUAUUUUUUUCUGUCGAUAUCUCUAUGGAUCAGAAAUGAUUCACAUGAAUAUUUCGUGAGAUCCGUGAUUGUUUUUUCAUAAAAGGCCACAGGCUUUUAAUGGUUCUGCUCAGCACAAGAAGUCUUAAAUGUGUAAUUCAUGGGUUGGUUUGAUAGUGUCCAGCGUGAAUGUACAAUAAACGUUACUGAAUCCUUUAACUGUAGUUGUAUUGAAAGUGGCAUUGAUUCUUCUGCGGUGGAGUGGAAAUGAAAAGAGGAAUGAUUUUCUGUUGCAGCUUCACUCUCACACUUCCUGCUUCUGACUGGUUCUGUGUAUUUCAUCUGACAGUUCUUCAUCUGGCUGGCACUUUUAUCCAAAGUGACUUGCGUUCAGGCUAUAUAUUUUAUCACUAUGAUCCCUGGGAAUUGAACUCAUGGCAUGACAUGCUUUAGCAGUCACAGGAACUCUGCUGGUAUAUUGGAUAAAUCCUGAAUAAUUCUUCUACAGUAAUUCAGCUUUUCGUCCAUAAGGUUCACAUAUACUGCCACGCAGAAGUUUGGGGCCGUAAGGUUUUUCGAAUGUUUUUUGAAAGAAGUCUCUUAUGCUCACCAAGGCUGCAUUUAUUUGA